AUGACAUGCUGGCGGCAGUUGAGGGGCCUGGAUGUAAUUGUGCAUCAACCUAAGAAAACCUCUGCUCUCUUCUACCAUGCUUCGAUUCUACAAUGCUGUCAAGCUUCACGCCGGGCCAGGAGCUCUUGGAAAUCGAGGCUACCGAGCGAUGCACUCGCCAAAAGGGAAAAGGACGAACAUCCUUGUCAUCUUGAGUGCCCGCAAUAG